GGUUUCAGUGUUGAGAUAACCGUGCGGCCGCUAGGUGAAGUCAAUAGCUUUGAGUCGUCUGCUAUAUAUGCAAUAAACAUUGUAUGGCCUCUUGUUAUUGCCGCCUUUGGAACUUUUGUGCAAAUUAAUUGUAAACCGCUACUAGGUCGUAAUCCUCGUAAUGUUCUGCCAUACGGCAGACAUGAUGGCUCAAGAGGGCCAGAUAUCCGAAUAAUUAUUAUUACAAAACACAAUGGUGAGCCGAGCUCGAUUUGCAGAAACUUGGAGAAAAGCACUUUUGAUCACUGCUGUGUUCAACUACAUUUUGAAAAAUACAUUGAUUCCCAAUACAUAAAAUGGAUAUCAGAGGGCUAAGCACAUGUGAUGCCCUUCAAAAAUUGUUGGAGGAAAUGCAUGAUGUUAUUCACAACGACAAAUCACAGGAUGCCAGGCAUAGCAAUUCUUUAAGCAACAAUGUAUACUCUUGUUUAACAAAAGCAGCACUUCAAAUCAGAGAGCCGCUUUGCACAUUCAACUGGAUAUCAUUAGCUGUCUUAAGUGCAGAAGUGGUUGCUAUGAUUGUGGCACAUGAAAUUCAUGAAUAUCAAAAAUCACAGGUGUUGUUGUGGGAAGCAAUAUUAUUAUUGCUUUUGACUGUAUUCAAUUUCCUGUUUGCUUGCUGGGAUACACAGUUGCGCAAAACUGAGAUGCGCACCCGAACCGAAUGGCUCCGCAACUUUGUGAAUGAAUGGAAACAUAAAUGCGAAUGGAUCCCAGAAAAUUACCCGCACAUCCACAGUCCGCAGUCGCCUAGUAUAACGCUACAGGCAACCAUUAGAGAUGGUAACAUUGUCAACCUUCCUUGGGCGCUCCUAGUAAAAGGAGACGUCAUAGUUCUUCGUCCCGGACAGCCUGCCCCAGGACGCUGUAGAAAUAUUGCAGGCAAAAACGAGCCUAACUUCACAUUGGAAGCAGACGAAAUUUAUACGCCUCUUACAAACUCUGACAAAGCAGGACCGUUUAACACACCGCUCUUGCGUCGACCCCUACCGUGCACCUAUUGCAUUCUUGAAGAAACUCCGUAUGUUCAAUCAAUACGAAUAGCCCUAAAGGAAUCUUUAAAUCGGCCAACUGGAGUACUUUACAAGGAAAAAUUUUUAUGUUUCGCCGUUUGUCUAGAGCAAUUCAUUGCUCCAAUUUUUCUGGUUCUUUUACUAGUCUUCAACGCGGGACGCUACUUUUAUUUCUCAGAAUACCUUAGUAGCGGUCAUUGGACGGAUAUGUUCCUCAUUCAGCCCUGCUUGGUUGUGCUUCCUCUCCUUCCACUUGUUCUACCCGUCGCAUGGCUCAUAAUCAAUGUCUAUGGGGUCGCCCUUAUCCUCGCUCUCUUCUAUACAGCACGGCAUUUCAAAAUAAGCAAUGAUCCGUUCGAGGAUGCAGAGGUCACUGCUCCAACCCAUCCUUCCUUCUGGGUCAAGUGUAAAGAGAUGAAACCUUAUUUUCUAGAUACUUUGGUAGGAAGAGGCAAGUCGCCCUUCCGUACUGGAAAUAUCUUCCAGACGCUAUCAUCUGUGACAGCGCUGUGUUGUGUGGACAAGAAAGGGAUUCUGUCGUGGCCUAACCCGACGGCAGAAAAAGUCUUCUUUUUGCGAAAUGGAUCUUGGGGACACCAACAGACUGAUUUCGGUAAAGAGGGCACCACGCUCAAGCCUACCUCCACAGUCGCUGGUGCUAUUUUGAAGAAAGAUAAAGACAGCAACAAAAGGACUCGGAAGCGUUCGAAUAAGAGGGCCUGUGCAGAACAUGCGCGGAACGGCUAUGAGACGAGAGCUGAAGUUCUCGAUUUGAGUCACGACUGCACCACUCCUUUCCGACUCCAGUUUGAUGAUCCUUCCUGGCAACAGUAUAUGGGCUCUUUGAAGCCUCUCGGUUUGGCCAUCCUUCUCAACACUUGCAAUCCUUCAACGCAAGAGAGAUACGCCCAAUUUUGUUCCCACCUUUCUUGUCUCAGCAAAUUUCACGAAGACUUUGUUCCGGUUACUAAUCGACGAGAAUGGGAUGAAGGGCGAGGUCAUCUGAGCAUGUUCGACUGUUCGCGUUCCAGUAUUGCGACGAAUAAUCUCCUCUUAACCCACGGUUGUUUGUGCGAGCUAGCCAAACAAAUCGGUUUCCAGAGUACUGCCCGCAACGUUUUUUCAUUGAAAGAUCAACUUUUUAUCUUUCGACAUCAAGCGGAUCCAUCAAGCCGUAAAGACAGGCUGGCCCGCAGCUUGUCGCUUCCGAAACUAAAGUUUCCUUUCCCCAAUAUGGUCGGUGUUUGUGUUCAAGAAUCGCACACAGGUCGCUUUCAACUACUUACGCAAGGAACAGGUGAAAUUCUGUUGGAUGCCUGCGUUGACUAUUGGAAUGGCGUGGACCUCUGCCCAUUGACACUAGCCGACAGGAAAAGAAUCCUUGAUUUCUACAAUCGCAGCAGCUUAACGGCUUAUUGCACAGCCUUCUCCUAUCGUCCAGUGGACACUCGCUAUCAGGAAACAACUGUCUGUGGAGGACCCGAGUCGCUGUUUCAAACUUCCGGAGUCUACUUGGAAUUGCCUACAGACAGCUCCCAUCUUUACCAUCCACAGCGUAGUCCAACGCCAGAAGGCCCUGUAUCGCUUUCUCGUAUUCAAUCGGACAGUAAUCUUUAUUGCGGAACAGCGACAGGUGGCUACUUUUCAAGAUCCAACGAUUCGUCGAUGGAUGAAUCGCCAAACGAGCCGAGCCCGAAUUCUCCGGAAGGGGUUUUCCAACUACAGUGCAACCAAACUUUUGUUGGAAUGGUCACAAUGCAGUACCAAGCCAGGACUGAUAUGGUACAAUUGAUUGAACAACUAGACAAGGCGUCAGUGAGGUUUGUGCAUUUCAGCAAGGAAAACGAACUGCGAUCCCGAGUCUUUUCAGAGAAAAUGGGAUUGGAAAGUGGAUGGAACUGCCACAUUAGUUUGCUCAGCGAACACGAUGUUGAAUCGAAAGAAGAUGGGGAAGAAUUAACUAACCGACGUACUAACAAAUCGUCAAUGAGCUUGCUGAAUAGAGAAGAGUACACCGCAUUGAAUGCUGCGACAAGGAACGUACAUUGUCUAAGCAUCUCCGCUCCCAGUGCAAUCAACGUCGAGAUGACCCAAGUCAAAUUCGAAGAUGAAAUUUUUCUUCACAGUCUGACGGACGAUGAUUCACGCUCCGAUAAUUCAGAUACUGAUUUACUCAAGGAUGAAGAUAGAGAUAGAUUGUUUCAUUCUCAGAAAAGCCCAGUGUCUGUCAAAACGCCCUCGCCGCAAUGUCAUCAUUUAGUCAAUUGUUCUAAUGACGGCAGUAGUCCGUCAUUAGACCGCUGUCGCAGCGCGAGCCGUAGCAGCAGCAGCAGUAGUAGCAGUAGUAGUACUUGCAGUAGUAGUUCCAGCAGCAGCAGUUUACUUAACGUCACCGGAGGUAGGAUGCCAUUAGGCGGUGGAAGUUGCUGGGACUUGAAUUUAUCUCGCUCGCAAAGUCACGUGACAGAGAGUACGGAGCAAAGCGCCCCUGUUGCCUUCGACUUAACUAACAGAGCUAAACUGCCUAGAGGUAUUGAAGAAAUUCGACCACACAUCGAAAAUGUUGACAAUGUUCCCCUUCUGGUUUCCUUGUUCACAGAGUCUACUCCUACCGCUACGCGAGAAAUGAUCAAGAUUAUGCAAGAGUACGGAGAAGUUGUUUGCAUCGUUGGUUCAUCGGCGUCUGCCUACAACUGCGCCCUUUUCAUGCAAGCUGAUGCUAGUUUGGCGGUUGAACCACUCUACCCGCAGGUUUGCCAGCAAGUGCCAGUUGUCUCUCCCGUAAGCCAAACUAAUGUCCUGUCUCCAGCGGAGCUUAGUCGCCGCCUAAAUUCGCUUCCGUGUGCCCUAUCCUUCCAUCGUGAUGAGCUGUCUUCAUUGCUCCAUCUCGUACUAGAGUCUCGUCACGUUGGCUUUUGUUUACGUAACGUCCUCCAGUUAUGGGCCGCUUCCAUUGCUUCCCUUUCUACCGUCCAGCUGAUAGCAGCAUUGUUCUUCCUUCCACCCAUUUUCACAACUGGCCAAGUCCUUUGGCUUUCCUGCAUCAUCAUUCCUCUUCUGUCCAUCAGUCUAAUGGGUGCUCCUACUGAUCCUGACGUCAUGAACAUAGCCACCGGAAAGAAUUCACGCAAGAUUGACAAAGGGACUUUCAAGUUUGUUCUGUGGAGCUAUGGACUCAAAUUUCUACCGUCAAUGAUCAUUCUUCUUAUCUUCUAUGGCGCAUCGUUGCUAUCCCUCUGCUCUUACGUCAACUCGGAUUGCCAAAUGGUUUCCAAGUGUCUGUGGGUGUACCCGUCGCAAAAUGGAACCGUUCUCAAAGGGCUUUGGUCGGGGUGGGGAGAACCGGCGCACGAGCACCUUUUGUACACUGUACAACACACCACCGCUUUAGCCUUUGUCAUUUUUCUUGUUUUUAUAUCGUUGUCAUUCGUUCAUCGCCAGUAUCAUUUUUGGCAAGUCAAUCCCUUCAGCAACCGAUUGUGGAUCGCUUGCUGUGGUGUUGUGAGUAUUCUGCAAAUAAUCUUCUUUUCAAUGGGCAUCUGGUCGAUUGAUGCCCAUUCUUUAAAGGACGGCCCAUGCAAUUCGUCAAGCCCAGUAUCCGGUUUUCCGCUACCAGCAUGGCUUCUCUUAUCAUGGCCCACCCUAUUGAUACCGUUCAACGAAUUGGUCAAACAUUAUGAAAUUAAGGUCAAUGUCCGCCUUCAAAAGAGAGCUCGCCUAGAAUUUGGAACAAAACUGGGAAUGAAUUCGCCAUUUUGAACAGGAAUAAUAACGCAAACGCUGAUUUUUGAUCCGACAUUAUGUAUAGCUUGCCAAUAUGUUGAUCUCUGCAUAUACAAGAAUAUUAUAUAAAAA